AGUCAACAAUCAAGAUGAAAAAGCAACAUCAGAAGACACAGUAGAGGUGCAUGCAUCACAUGAAAGUCAAAGGCAGGAUACAGACAAAAGAAAUAUACAAAUUGAUACAGAAACAAAAUCAUACUUAGAUGCAAUAAUCCAGUCAACGGCAUCAGCAAUAAUGGAGAAUAUGCGACAGUACAUAGACCAGCAACUGGAAGCUCAAAGAGAGUGGAAUCUAAGAUGCAUUGAAACGAUCAAUCAAUGUUUUGCGCAGCUAGAACAGACUAACCUGAUAGGUAGUGUAGAGAAUAACAGGCUGCAGGAAGGUAAUUAUCCUUCAACUCUAAUAAUCAAUAGUUUAUUGGCAAGAAUCAAUCCAGAAUAUGUGCAAUUGAGAGAGGUAGAGUUAGAUGAAGUCAAGUUAGUGAAAUAUAAGCUGACUAAUAGGAAGUUUCCAGUACUGAGUUAUAUGUCAUUAAAACCAUUAUCUGAUGGUCAAAAGAUCAUCGAGUUAUUACCAAUCAAACCAAGUCUGCCAAAUAAAACAUGGAAGUUAUUGGCAUUUGGUUCAUUUAUAAAUUUUCAAGAUUUCGCAUACAAAAAUAUUGUAAAUAGUAUGAAAUAUGAGAGUAAAGAUACAGUACUGCAAACAUCAAAAAGUGGUGCAAUAUCAACAAAGAAACGAACACGUAGCACUUCAUUCAAAGAUAUAUCAGAGUGGUUAAUGGCCUUUAAAGCAUACAUAGAGUCAGUAUUAAUGCUAUACAAAAAUCAUGAGCAAGAGUUAAAUGCAUAUUGUGAUUAUAUUAAUGAAUUAUGCAUGAGAUAUGAUUUUGCAGCUGUGAUAAGAGAUAUUGAGGCAGAAGGAAAGAAUUUAGAUAUUACUAUAGCUAAGGAUGGUUCCUGA